AUGACAUCAAUACAUCACAGGAUUAAUGCAUGCUCUGAAAUGUAAUUUGAAGAUUGCAAAGGACGGUACAACAUUAGACAAGCUCUGACUGAUCUCAAGGAUGAAGAAUUUGAUGAUUUUUGUCAGCCUAUUAAGCGUCACCCUUGGCUUCCCAGUGGGUUCGCCUUUAUAUAAGAGAGAAAGACGCAGACGUCAGCUGGGUUAUGGUUAUGACUAUGGAUACGGAUAUGGAUAUGCACCGGUUUAUCCAUACUAUAAUAUCCCCAUCUAUCAGCCAAACCAUUUCAAUGACUUCACUCCUGAAAUUUACAUUGGUGAUGAUGUGAGACGUCCAGCGACGGCCAAACCCCCUGUUACUGCAACAAGACGUCCAACAACAUCACUGGUGAAGCCGGUGCGCUUUAAUGGCCUUCAGCCCACAGGAGAGCCCUGUCCGCAGCCCAGAGGAGACGAUUUGAACAAUGAUCAGCUACCAGUGUUCGUCUAUGUGGAUCCUAAAGAGUGGAGCUCAAUGGGUGCGGUGGACAAACCUGUUUCUCCUGGUCAGACCGCUUCCAGUGAUCUCCAGCCAGCGUUCGCUAUCGUCCCUGGUGUUUUUCUUCCUACAUCCGAGAACGGCCAAACUGUGAUAAAUCCAAUGGAAGAUCUCAACAACAGGCUGAAAACCCCAGACAUGUUAAGGGUCACUGCAUCUGCUAAAAAAGAGAAAGAUUGUUAACUCUUGUGUAUUCAAAUUGACUACCCUUUCGUUAAGUUUUUGUUGUGGCUGUUUUUCCCUCAUUGACUUCCAUUUGUUGAUUGCAAAGCCUUAACAGCAUAUAAUCAUGCAUUCUUGUUGGUGGUUCUCCCUGUUGGGAAGAGGUCAAAUGUGUAAUUUUUAUUGUUGAUCAUCAGUUGGCAGCAUUAACCCUUUAGACAGGCCUGUGCAAACAAAGAUUCUGGCUUUUAUAUGUAGUAAAACAGCUAAUUAUGUGUGCAUUAAUACGUUUACAUCGUUUUGAGAGCUGAGCCGCUUAUGGUUUUCUCAGACAUCAAGAUAAGUGUGCACAAUGCUCUCACAUACACGCAAUACUCGUUGAAGGCAGAAACUAAGCUUUUUUUGGCACUGCAACUGAUGAUCAAUGGUUAAAUGCGUCAUGAAUGGGUAAUUAUAUUUUGUCAUGAGUUUGCAAUCAAAAAAUGUGAUUUUUAUAAUGCAAGUCAAAGGGGUAAAAACAGUCACGAACAUAACAGAAGUCGGCAGUCAGCUUGCCCAGAGUGUAUUGUUGAAUGUUAAAAUAAAUAAAUAAAUUCAAAGCAUUUUCCCAAAAUGUUAAGAUUUGUCACCAAAAAUCAUUCCUUUUGCUGAAACGCAGUGAACAUUGUGGCCCAAUUAAGACUCAAAAUCACCUUAGAGUGGAAGAAAACAUCCCCAACAGCACCUUUAAUUUCAUGAGCUGUUCAAAUUAAAGGCUACUAUAAUUAGUGAUCGAGCAACAUUUUGAGAAGCUUUAAAACUUCUGUGCAUUGUUUCAAAUCUUUGGUUUAAGCAUGUAUCGAAAUACUCUCUUGAGUAUUCAGUAUUUCAGUAAACAGCUUAAAAAGGUCAAAUGUUUUGUUCAGUUCGCCACAAGGGGGCAACCUCAAAUCAUCAAUGGGUUUUUACCCAUUUUUGGAUCAGUUUUGUUAUUUUUUUUAUAUUUUUAAUGUCCGAGUUGUGUAAUAAAUGAGUAAUCGUUAGCAGUUUUAUAUGUCUGUUUAACCACAAACCAAACACAUUAAUAGUAUUAGUCUGUUUAAAGCCUGUUGAAAUUGUAGUUUGCUAGCCUUAUUCUUAAAGAGAAUUUGAUAAUAUUGACCUUAGCAAUGUUUACAUAUAAAAAAAAAACCUUUUCUUCCAGCCAAACUAAGAGAGGGGUUACUAAAUGAGACUAAGUUUUAAAGUUAGGCUGUCAGAAUAUUUUAAAUGCUGUACUUAUAAAAAAAAAAAAAAAAGGUUUUUAAUGGCAAAGAUGUAUAAUAAUAAAAAGAAAAGUAAUCAUUAGUAGUCUCUUAUUUGCCUGUUUAACUACAAACCAAGACACAUUAAUAGUAGUACAUUCAAAGUCACCAAUGUAGUUUACUAUGUUAGCCCUAAGGCAGAGAUGGCCAAAGUUGGCCCAUAGUAACCUUUUAAUUUGGCCCGCCAUCCCAUAUGAUAAUUGUUUGGGUUGUAAUUUCAAAUUUAAUGUAACCUUUUUUUUUGUUUAUUUUAUUGUUAAGCUACAAAAAGCUAUCUAAAAUUAAACAUUCAAUUUAAAUGAUGUCAAUUAAUCAUAUUUAGUUUAAAAUGUACAUACUAAAGUCUCUGCCUUAUCCUCUACCCGUCGUGAGUGAAUAAAGGUAAUGGCAGAUUCUGCCUUUCAGACUCCACUGUGUUAUAAAUAUUUUUUUCAGAAUGUUAUAAUUAAAGUUAUACAGCAUUAGUUAAUCCAAUUCAAAUAAUGUAUUCUAUUUAUUUUUAUUAUGAAAAUAAUGUGAAUUAGUAAAUUAGCCAUGGCAACUUUAUUGUAAAAUAGUUUGGUAUAUUUGUCUUCGACCCACAGCUCUCAAUGCUAUUUGGUUUUGGCCCUUCAUAUGAAAUAGUUUGGGCACCCCUGCCUCAAGAUUAUUGAUAAGAGAGUAUCUUUGUGAUCGUGUGUCCCUGUUGUCAAUCAACUAAGCCAGGUUAAUUAUACAAGUCACAAGUGGUUUCUUCUGUUCUCUUGCCAGUUGGGGAAAAAAAAUCUUAAGGGGGCGAAUGAUAUUGACCUUAAGAAUAUUUACAUUUUAAAAACCUACUUCCAGCCGAACUAAACUUUCUCCAGGAGAAUAAUAAUAUAGAGAGAGGCUAAAUGAGUAUUAUUAAAAUAUUCAGACAACUUAAUUUUAAAACUCUAGAUAAUAGGUAGAGAAGAACUAGAUUCUGAAGUGAAAGUGAUUGAUAGCUGUAUCCCAUCUAGACUUUACUGACUAAUUCUAAGGCUACUCGCAUCAAUAUAGUAUAAUUUGACACUGUACACUAAUAAUAUUUUUACAGUAGCUACUGUGAGUGUAGGAGUUAGGGUAGGGGGUAGACGUUAAUAUAAUACAAUUUAAAUGAGUAUAAUUACGGUUUUUACAUUUACUGUGGUGGUUGGGGUAGACGAUAUUAAAGGGGUGGUCCAGAGUGUGUUUUUAAGGCUUGGUUGUGUUUAUAAGAUACAAUGUGUGCUUAUGCUUCGCUUGUAUAUAAAUCAAAGAUAUAUGAAAAAAUUACAUGAUUUUCUACAGCUACUCAGCUAACAUGAAAACGACUGUCAUAUUUCUUAGUUCCUCUGAAAGGCCCACCCUCGAGAGGCUCUGAUUGGUCAGCUAACAUAAUGUGCUGUGAUUUGCGGAUCAGCUCCGUGUCACCAGGAAGCGUUACACCUCUAUAUGCAAGCGCGGUGCCUCUAUAAACGCUGGCUGUUUCUCAACAUGCGUUCAGCGAUCUUGUGUUCUCGUGUAACGUCAUCAACUGCCAAAGUUCAGUUUCAAAACUGAAGACCACAAGACCGGAAAAUGCGCAAAGGUUUCCAGAUGCAUUCUUGAUAUCAAGGUCGCACCUAUGCAGACUUGAGCACCGAACUCGCUCGAAGUCCCAGAAGUCAUUGCGACUGGAGGUGGGAAGCGUGGCAUUCUAUUUAGAUUCAUUAUUAAAGUUCAGAGAUAUACCUUAUUUAUCUCAGGAGUUUCCCUAAAUGAGACUGUGAAAGUAAACACAAGCAUGAAAGUCUUAUAAAAGGCAUAAACACAUUAAGAGUGUUUAUUUGCUGAAAUUCUUAUUAAAAUCUGCUUUAUUUGUGUUGUGCAAUAUAUAUUUGUAAAGUCUUCAUGCGUAGUAUGUAUUGUGAAAAGUUGAAAAAUAAAUCGCUGUAUGAAUGUUGUAA